AUGAGAGAAGAAUAUCAAGCAAACAAUAGCCACGUUGAGCUAAUCAAUUUAGAUGAAGUUUACGGAGUUACAAAGAUAGGGCACAAUACUUAUCGCGGGAACAGACCAUUAACCAAACCUGACAGACGAUCAAGGGGAGUUUAUGGAGGCAAUUUUUGUGGCCAGGCCGUUUUAGUUGCUAUGAAAUCUUCACCACCAGAGUUCAAACCUCAUUCCUUCCAUUCAUAUUUCGUCAAAGCUGGUCGUGAUGAUGAGCCCGUGACUUGGAAAGUAGAAGAAGUGUCUACUGGUAGGACUUUUGCUAAUCGAUUGUUGCAAGCAAUUCAGUUUGGCAAUAUUGUUUUCACCGCAGAGGUGUCUUUGACCAAGAAAAACUCUAUUUCCAAAACUAAGUCAGCUGAAAAUAAACCACCCAUUCUGUUCGAAACUCCCAUAGGUAAAACUUUUGAAGCUUAUAAUAAUGUUUCCUUACCGAUUAUUCCAAAUGACUCAGUUUUAAUUGAUUAUAGACAAUUUCCAGAACAAUUGGAUUCUGAUAAAAUAUCAUAUUCACUUAAAUGGGGCAAUAACAAUCAAAAUAGCUGGGAUAUGUUGCAUGCUAAUAAGGAUUAUCAGUUUGUUGGGUUGGCUAUACUAUCAGAUAUACUUGAUGUUAGUGUCUUUUUGAAGCAUUUAGGAUACCAAGGCAAGCCACAAUUUAAUGCAUCUUUGGAUCACAGUGUUUAUUUCCACGAUGACGAUUUUGAUGUAACAAAAUGGUGCACAACGUUUAUGAAAGUUUCUAGAAUUUGUAAUGAUAGAGCAUUAAUCAAAGCUGAAAUUUACUCAAAUAAUGGACUGCAUAUUGCUUCUAUUGUUCAAGAAAGAUUAUGGAUUACCGGGGGUGCCAAAUUGUAG